CCUGUCAUGAUCAAAUACCAGAAUUUCCAUUUUGUGCUGGGGUUAUUAAUUUUGUUUUGAAUUCUGCAAUACAUAUAUGAAUAUCUUUAGUUAAGUGUUAAUUUCCAUAAUAGCAUAAAAGUUAGUUUCCGGGCGGUGAACUGAUUAUAAUUUAUAACAAUGUCUAAAUCGGUGGCUCGGUUAAAAUCCAUGAAGAAAGUAGCAGAUAAAGUUGAUCAUUCUACGAAAUUGCGAACCAACAUUCCCGCUGGCAUGGCUGCAGCAGGUCCUCCUUUAGGUCCUAUGCUUGGUCAACGUAAUAUCAAUAUAGCAGCGUUUUGCAAGGACUUCAACGAGCGUACUGCUAAUAUAAAGCAAGGAAUACCUCUGCCGACGAGGGUCAAAGUGAAUGCCGAUCGUUCUUACCAACUUGUAAUACACCAACCGCCAGCGUCAUAUUUUCUGAAGCAAGCUGCUGGCAUAAGUAGAGGGGCUAUGGAACCUGUCAAGGAAACCAGUGGCAAAAUAACAUAUAAACAUCUUUACGAGAUAGCAAAAAUAAAGUCGCAGGACCCACCAUUGGAAUGGAAAUCUUUACAGGAGAUCUGUGUCAUGUUGAUCGCUACUGCACGAACUUGCGGAAUAGAAAUUGUUAAAGAAUUGGACCCUAAGGAAUAUGGUGAGUUCCUCCAAGAAAGGAAAAAGAUUGUAGAAGAACAGAAGAAGGCAUUACAAGAGAAACGAGAAGCCAAGAUGUUGAGAACAGCUUAAUUAUAUUAUAAAUUACUUAUAGAUAGUGAAUGUUACUAGUGAUUAGUUUGAUAUACAUAAGAAAUCGGUUUUAA